AUGACGGCAACAUUUGACCCACAAUUGCGCAUGGCCAAUUGCCACACUUUGACACCUGACAAUAUUGUUGUGGACCACGGCAUUUGGCUUAACUUUGUGACUCACGAUCUCCUCGAGAACCUCAAGACGUCGACCUACGUUAUUAUCACCGACACAAAUCUCUAUGACACCUAUGUGCCGCCCUUCCAGAAAGUGUUCAACGCUGCGGCGUCUGCCUCGACUCGACUCCUCACCUAUGCUAUCCCGCCGGGUGAAAUUUCAAAGAGCCGCCAGACUAAGGCAAGCAUUGAGGAUUGGAUGCUGUCGCAGAAAUGCACAAGGGAUACCGUCAUUGUUGCCCUUGGCGGUGGUGUCAUUGGCGACAUGAUCGGUUAUGUUGCUGCCACAUUUAUGCGUGGUGUUCGCUUCGUCCAGGUGCCUACUACUCUGCUAUCUAUGGUUGACUCCUCUAUUGGAGGCAAGACUGCAAUCGACACACCAGCAGGGAAGAAUCUGGUCGGUGCCUUCUGGCAACCAUCGCGCAUCUAUAUCGACUUGGCCUUCCUCGAGACGCUACCAACACGAGAGUUCAUCAAUGGCAUGGCGGAGGUCGUCAAAACGGCCGCCAUCUGGGACGAAGACGAGUUCACGACGCUCGAGUCCAACGCGGCCAUCAUUCUAGCCGCUGUCAAAUCCCAAGGCCCUCAGAGACUAUCCUCUAUCCGAGAUGUUCUCAAGCGAAUCGUGUUGGGUUCCGCCCGCGUCAAAGCUCAUGUCGUUUCCAGUGACGAAAGGGAAGGCGGCCUGAGGAAUCUGCUCAAUUUUGGCCAUUCCAUUGGGCACGCAUACGAAGCUCUUCUCACCCCUCAGCUUCUGCACGGCGAGGCAGUGGCCAUUGGCAUGGUUAAGGAGGCGGAACUAGCCCGCUACCUUGGCGUUCUCCGGCCUGGCGCUGUGGCCCGACUCGUCAAGUGCAUCGCGAGCUACGAACUGCCCACAUCCAUACACGACAAGAAAGUCGUUAAACUGACGGCAGGCAAGACGUCCCCGGUCGAUGCCUUGUUGGAGAAGAUGGCCGUCGACAAGAAGAAUGACGGAGCCAAGAAAAAAAUUGUGCUUCUUUCGGCCAUCGGAAGGACUCACGAACAAAAGGCCAGCGUCGUCGAAGAUGACGCAAUCAGGGUGGUCCUCUCACCGGCGACGCAAGUGAUUUCUGGCGUACCCAAGUCGCACCACACUACAGUCAUACCUCCCGGCUCCAAGAGCAUAUCGAACCGUGCCCUUGUCCUUGCGGCCCUUGGUCAGGGAACCUGCCGUAUCACGAACCUUCUACAUUCUGAUGACACCGAGUAUAUGCUAUCAGCAAUUGCUCAACUAGGCGGCGCGACCUAUGCCUGGGAAGAUGCUGGAGAGGUUCUAGCCGUUCAGGGCAAGGGUGGCAGGCUCAGUGCAAGCAAGGAGGCGCUGUACCUGGGUAAUGCUGGUACAGCGUCUCGAUUCUUGACCACUGUUGUUGCUCUUUGUGCCCCAUCUGACGUCUCUUCGACGGUGCUCACAGGAAACGCCCGAAUGAAGGUUCGCCCCAUUGGGCCCCUGGUUGACGCACUCAGGGCCAACGGAUUGGGUAUCAAGUAUCUGGGUCAGGAGAAGAGUCUUCCCCUCCAGGUGGACGCUGCCGAUGGCUUUGAAGGCGGAGUCAUUGAACUGGCCGCCACCAUUUCCUCUCAGUAUGUCUCAUCCAUUCUCAUGGCUGCGCCCUAUGCGAAGAACCCCGUCACAUUGCGUCUCGUUGGUGGAAAACCCAUUUCCCAGUUCUACAUCGACAUGACCAUAGCCAUGAUGCGUACUUUUGGCGUCAAUGUAACGCGAUCAUCCGAGGAGCCAAAUACCUACCAUAUUCCCAAGGCCGUCUACCAAAACCCUCCCGAGUACGUGGUUGAGAGCGAUGCCAGCUCGGCGACGUACCCUCUUGCCAUUGCGGCCAUCACCGGCACUACUUGUACUGUGCCCAACAUCGGCUCAGAGUCGCUCCAAGGCGAUUCUCGAUUUGCCGUCGACGUACUGAGGCCUAUGGGUUGCGCCGUCGAGCAGACAGGCACUUCAACCACCGUUACCGGGCCGCCAAUCGGCAGCCUGAAGGCCAUCGAGCACGUCGAUAUGGAGCCCAUGACAGAUGCCUUCCUGACGGCGUCGGUUCUUGCUGCCGUCGCGUCGGGAACCACCAGAAUUAGCGGCAUCGCGAAUCAGCGAGUCAAAGAGUGCAACCGUAUCGGAGCCAUGCGUGAGCAGCUGGCUAAGUUUGGCGUUGAUACGAAUGAGUUUGACGACGGCAUCAUUAUUACUGGCCGUUCUGUUCAAGGCCUUCAAGGGCCCACUGAAGGCAUAUUCUGCUAUGAUGACCACCGCGUCGCAAUGAGUUUCAGUGUGCUCUCGGUCGUGGCACCAAAACCUGUUACGAUACUCGAAAGAGAGUGUACUGGCAAGACAUGGCCGGGUUGGUGGGAUACCUUGUCUCAGUCCUUCAAGGUUGUCUUGGACGGAGUCGACCAGCAUCCUCAGGCGGUGUUAACAGGACCUUCCGCAAAAACUCGAAAGGACAAAUCUGUCUUUAUUAUUGGCAUGCGUGGUGCUGGCAAGACAACAGCUGGUCGGUGGAUGGCCAACACGUUGAAGAGACCGUUCGUUGACCUGGACGAGGAGCUGGAGCGACGGGCUGGCAUGACGAUUCCUGAGAUGAUUAGAGGCACCAGAGGAUGGGACGGCUUUCGGGCGGAUGAGCUGGAGCUUCUCCGGGAGGUCUUGGAGAAGCGGAGUCAUGGCUAUAUCUUCUCGUGCGGCGGCGGCAUUGUCGAGACCCCCGAGGCUCGCAAACUGCUCGUCGCUCAUUGUCGCAACGACGGAACCGUGUUGCUGGUCCAUCGAAACACCAAGGAGGUGGUUGAGUAUCUCCUCCAGGACAAGUCGAGACCGGCCUACAGGGAGGACAUUGAAGAUGUCUACUAUCGCCGGAAGCCGUUCUUCGAGGAAUGUAGCAACUUCGAAUACUUUAGUCCUCACCCGCCUGGCACUCUGGCUACACGGGACCCGCCGUUGGACUUCCGGCGCUUUGUGAACACCUUGUGUGGCGAGGAGGUUCAAGUGAAAAGGGCACUGGCGAAGGACCCCAGCUUUUUCGUUUCCCUCACGGUGCCAGAAGUCGCCUCUGCUCUGGCCCUGAUACCGGCCGUCGUCGUCGGAUCAGACGCCGUAGAGCUUCGUGUGGACUUGCUGCAAGACUUCUCGGAAGAAUCGGUGGCACACCAAGUUGCGCUUCUCCGAUCUGUGGCCGACGUGCCAAUUAUCUUCACCCUGCGGACGAAAGCUCAGGGCGGAAGAUUCCCAGACGACGCCUAUGACCAGGGCCUUGGACUUUACCAAAAGGCCAUCCGCAUGGGUGUUGAGUUUAUCGACGUCGAGAUGACGCUCCCGGAGCAAGUCAUCCAAACAAUUGUGGAGAAUAAGGGGCCGUGUCGCAUUAUUGCUUCUCAUCACGACCCUCAGGGCAAACUGUCGUGGAAGAACGGUUCCUGGAUACCAUUUUACAACAAAGCCCUCCAAUGGGGUGACGUGAUCAAGCUGGUUGGUAUUGCCCAGCACAUCGAGGAUAACUACGCGCUGGCCCAAUUCAAAUCCGCAAUGUUGUCUUCACACAAAACCCCCAUCAUUGCCCUCAAUAUGGGUACUGCCGGCAAGCUCAGCCGCGUGCUUAACGGCUGCCUUACUCCGGUCUCUCAUCCUGCUCUGCCGUUCAAGGCGGCUCCUGGGCAGUUGUCCGCGGCAGAGAUCCGGAAGGCUUUGGCACUGUUGGGUGGCAUUAGUCCCCAGUCCUUUUAUCUCUUCGGCAAGCCUAUCUCGGCGUCAAGGUCGCCCGCACUGCACAACACCCUUUUUGCGCUGACUGGAUUGCCGCACCGAUACUUGCUAAAGGAGACGGAUAGCGCCGCCGACAUUCGGGAGGUUAUCCGUGCACCUGAUUUUGGCGGUGCGUCCGUCACAAUCCCACUGAAGCUAGACAUCAUGAAGGAAAUCGAUGAAAUCUCGGAGUCCGCUCGCAUAAUCGGUGCCGUUAACACUAUCAUCCCGGCCAGGGACAAUGGGGACGGCAACGCUAAGCUCGUCGGUGAUAACACCGAUUGGUCAGGCAUGGUCCACUCUCUGCAAUCCGCAGGAGUUGCGCCUCGCUCCGCCACUGGCGUCCAGCGUUCCGCAAUGGUCAUCGGUUCGGGGGGGACCACACGAGCUGCCAUCUUUGCUCUCCAUGCCCUGGGCUUCGGGCCCAUUUACGCACUUGCGCGCAAUAGCAGUAACUUGGAGACGCUGAAGGCAUCCUUCCCUCCCGAGUAUCGCAUCGAAGCUCUCAAGAGCGCCAGUGAUGCAUCCACCCUGCCAUCCUCACCCACCGUUAUAGUCAGCACUAUUCCUGCAGACAAGCCGGUUGAUCCAUCACUUCAAGAGACCUUGGCAGUGGUGUUGCGCCACGAGCUGGCAACCGAGGAGAAGCGGGUCCUCCUUGAGAUGGCUUACAUGCCCCGUUACACCCCAUUGAUGCAGCUCGCUGAGGAGGCCGGGUGGGCAACUAUCCCUGGACUGGAAGUGCUCUCUGCCCAGGGCUGGUACCAGUUCCAGAAAUGGACCGACAUCAUCCCCCUGUACCAAACAGCUCGAGCAGCUGUGCUAGGCGAGGAGGCUGGGGAAGCUACCGGCCGUAAAGUAUAA